AUGCUUGAUGCCCAGCACCUCAGGAAGGAGAAGCGGGAUGUGCACAAGAGCCUCCUGGAUGAGUACCAGCAUUUGGGCUAUCCUAGCAGGUUCCAACAAGGCGACGAAGGUGGUCUCGCGCUGAUCUCUGACACGGAGCUCCGGCCACUGCCCAAGGACAAGCCGUGGCACCGCACGAUCUGCCACGACAUAGAGGGCGUGCCGUUCAUCAGUUACGGCACGACUUGCGUUCGGUGCAUCAAAUUUGUUGCCUCUGACGGUGGUACCUCCUACCUCACGUGGCAGGCAGAUGACCUGCAGGUUCAGUACGGCAACUACCGGAUCUGCUGGUGCAAACAUGGCUGGACGUGUCCAGACACCACGCCCGAUGGCUUUGUGAUGGAUGCCGGCGCCCUUCGAGUGGUUGGUAUCAACCCGGGCCAGUCGAAGUCCUGCCACUCCCAGGCGCCUUGCCGGAUCGACGGCUUCGCCGGAAACAACCUGAGGAGUGGAGAUGUCAUGAAGAUCCUGACCGCCUGCGGCACGGGGCAAGAGGUGGACGGCUUUCCGAACAAUGGCACAUCUCUCCCUGCGACAAGCUCGGGAUCCUCUUUCUCCUGGGGAGUCGUCGACACCGUCCAGGCUGCCGUGGGCACGUACAAAAUGUGCUGGUGCCCUUUCGGCAAUGCAGAUGGCUGCAGCGAUCCUACCCAUUUCGUGUCUGAGGCUGGUUUGCUAACCAUCCGCGGGCCGCAGACCCUGGGCUUCAAUGCAACGUGCGUCGCCAACCAGCAGCCCAGUUGCGUGGUCGGCCCGAUCGAGGACGGCUUCGGCCUGAGCUACGGCAGCGACAGAGUGAUCCUCGUGAGCUCCGACGGCAUCUGCGGCGCUUCGGCUGCAGAUCCCGCCGUUGCCGGCGGGGCGGCUGGAAAGCAGGUCGGCGUGGACAAGUUUCUUCAGUUCUCGCCGGAGGAGCUUCCUUAUGGUGGCUCCUGGAAACUGUGCUACUGCGCCGGUUUCGACUCCCCGCUGGAUCAAGAAGCUCAAGAUUGUGUCUCUGAAGAGGACUUCACCGCGACGGCUGGAUUCUUGACCGUCGCCGGUGCCUUUCCAGGACAGGUCAUCAACUGCACGCGGAAUGAGGCCUGUGAGUUCAACCUGCCAGGAUACAGCCUCAAUGCCGGAGUGCACAAGAUCGCCAUCCGUGACGAGAGCAGCGGAAGUUGCGGCGACUUCCUGACCAUCGACACUGCCACCCGGCGCCGUCGUGAUGUUGCAGCAAAUCCGUACACUCCAACUGGAGUGACGCAAGAUGGAGAGCUGGCCUUUGCAAUCGAGCCCAUCCAGGCUUUGGAUGCCUUCGUGAUUUGUUUUUGCGCUCCGUCACCUGGUGGAGGUCUCUGCAGCGCAAGCAGCCUCUCCACGUACCAUCAGACCAUCGGCGUCUUGGACGUGCGGGGCGCAACGCCGAACCAACAGUUCAGCUGUGGGAGGGGUGGCCGCUGCACCCUCGAAAUCACCGGCCGCGGUCUAGGCGUUUCCGAUCGCGUGAAGAUCGUGAACUCCACUACGCUCUGUUCAGGGGAGCCACAGGAGACGGGGUUCUUCAAGUCCUUGCUCCUCGCUGACCCGGCACCAGCGACCUCCAGUACUUUGGCCAGGUUUUCCUUGGGCCAAGUCAAAGCGGGAGGCAUCUUCAAAGUUUGCUAUUGCGCCAACCUCGACUCCUGCAACUCCCUCGCGGCCUUCAACCACCAAGCUGGAGAGCUGGAGAUCGAAGACCCUCUCUUGGAUGUGAUUCUUGAAUCUUCCACGGUGGCCUCCGUCACAGUCCAGGUGACGUCGACCCUGGACAGCACUUCUUCCUACAUCCGCUGUGCCAUCUCAGAGUACGAGCCCUCCUAUCUCCCGAACGGCGCGGACAUCGCGAAUGGCCAACGGGCAGCUGAAGAGGAGCAACAAGAGACUGCACUUCGCAACUUGAGGGAGGACGACUUGAACGUCAUCAAAAGCAUCAUCGGCGACUGCAAGACGGAAGGAUACAACGCAAACAUGAGGUCACUGGGCGAGCGAGAUCGGUCCCGCGCGCCCUUCCUCUCCAACGGCGUGCAGAACCGCUGGCUGUCAGAUUUUAUAUCUGUCCCUUCCGCGGAGGAGAUUGAGUCCAGGAUGCCCAAGGCUGAGGAAGAGCCCAUCCCCGGGCAGGAUUGGCUGAGCAUGAAGCAAGCCAUCGACAUGUCUGAGCAGCUUCCUGUGGCUAUGGAGAGCUACAAGUUGCUCGAGACGGCAGGAUUGCAAGAUAUGCCCUUGGCAUGGUUCCACGAAGUGCAGUGGACCUUGUGGCCGGAUCGCAAUGCUCAUGCAACCGACGUCCUGACCCAUGAGGAGAUUAGUGUGUUGGUGGAGAACUACAAAAAGGGCGGACUCUUCGAAUUGCCUGAGACUCCCGAGAAGCAGAACGAGCGCAAGAAGCAGCAGCCUGGAUCCGGAUCUUCUGUGCAGUAG